GAGCAGGGCCCAGGGGAUGGGGAAGGGAGAGGGGAAUGAGAACUCCAGGUGUCGGGUUGUAACUCUUCUACUGGGUCACUAGAACCCAUUUGUAACUUGAGCUACAGUUCCAUAUUAGCCGUUGAGAUUCAUCUAACGGCUAACAAAAAAAUGUGUACUUCGGCCAUGUACACUACAGAAGCCCUCCUAAUUUGUCGCCUUAACCCGACCCAAUUGCCCUCUUAGUUCUUAUCUUUCAGGCCCAUACAUCUCGGUUUCUUUUUCUAAGAAAAGCCCAAACUCUCCGUUCUUGUUCGUUUUCAACCUCUAGGAAAGAAAAGGAAUGGACCAUAUACUACUAGGCCCAAUACAAGUAUUGGCAUAAAGUUCCAGAAGCAGAAUUAUAAUGCAGCAACUUUGAAGCCUUGUGGUCAUGCAAAUCGCCAUCACCACCAGAAUCAAGCUGGCACCAGUCAUCGUAAUCACGCAGACCUGCAACCGUACCCUCCCCCCUCUGGCCAAUCUGCUGUGCAACUCUUAGAAACCCAUGCCCUAUGAUACACAAUACGCCUUAUAAAUCUAAGGAACCUACCUCAUUUCGUUAGGGUCUUCGAUUAAAGCCCUCUCUGCUGCAGUGACGAUCAAGGCCCUUCACAGUUUGUAAAGAGGAAGACUAAAACGUCAUAGAACUCAGCGGUACGAUUGUAUAGGAAGAAGUCAUGGCAAGGAGCAAUGCAGUUUCAUGGAGCCUCAUUUUCUUGGCUAUGGGGUUUUUUAGUUAUGUAGCUGUUGAAGCCACCAGAGAAGGGAUUCAAAGGAGGGCUCUGAUAGACAAGAGACUUGGUUUGGAACAUGGGAUAAAGAAUUGGCAUGGUGAGGAGGCUACUUCUUCUCGAGGGCUGAAAGCUGAUGGUUACGGAGGUUAUGGCUCUGGUGGUGGUGGGGGCUUUGGUGGUGAUAGUGGCGGUGGUACGGGGUAUGAUGGUAAUGGUGGUGGAUUUGGUAAUGGUGGCGGAUUUGGUAAUGGCAGUGGAGGAGAUGGCGGAAUUGGGGCAGGCACAGGCCCAGGUUAUGGUGGCGGGGUGGGUGGUCAUGACGAGAAGAUGAACAAGGUCCAUGGAAAUAUUCAGUGAUUUUACUAGAAUAAGAUAAAAUAACUAUUUUCCAAUUUAGUAUGGCUAUGGUGACAAGAAGCAAGAAAAAACAAAUAAGUCGUAGUUCUCUUCUGCAAUUCAAAGGUGUUUCCCCCUUGUACCGGUAAUAUAGCGGUUACAUGUAAUAAAGUUAGCUUGGUUUGUAUACAAAGUGUGUUGUUUCACUUAAACAGAGAAAGAUGAAUAGUUUGGUUUGCAUACAAGGUGUGUUGUUCCACUUAAACAGAAAAAGAUAAAGGGCAGGAAGAACAGAUGUUACACACCUCACAGUGCUCACACAGUUCAGAACUUGAAUAAACUAUGCUGACUGCACAAAAACGAAAUUUACAUGCCACCAAUUGUGUGACCAACAACAGCAAUGACAUAAUUCGAAGCCUAAAUUGCAGAAGAAAAAAAAUCAACUAAAAAUGUUGUAAAAAGUAUAUAUGUCAAUAAUUUAACUUCAACCGCAAGGAAAUGACAGUGCCAAGUAACAGAGACAAAUCUCAUCCAUGCAUAACGUAAUAUGUACUGGGAACUAAGAAAUGACCCUGUUCUUGGAGGGGUUAAGGAGUCAAAUAGAAUAUUGGAGGCGUUAAAGAGUCAGUAUGCAGUUCUCGGACUAUUGGCAAACGACUCCCUUGCGUGUAUGGUGGUGUAUAUAGAAGGGAAGAAACAACAAAUGUUUUGAGAAUAGCACCUGCGGUUAGGAAGAUCAAGAUGCAGAACAAUGCUGUCAUUUCAAUGUAAUGUCGAGUUCAUAAAGCUACAAUGGAUGUUAAGAUUCCUUAUCAUCGAAUGUACGAAUGAUGCUAAGUCCGCAUGACUCGUGAAGAACUAGGAACUACAAGAUAAGAAAAGCAAGACAAGGGAUAAAUCCAAACGAUAUUAAGAAGCAAUUAGCUGGAGCAUUUUAAAGCAUAUGGCAAACUACAAAGUCUAAACAAUCCAAGCCCAAGUAACAUUUGGAUAAAUCAAUCUAAACCAUAACAACGGGAUUAUCAGUCGAAGACAGUACAAACAGAAAAAUGUGUCUUCAGAAACAAUGCAAAUGAAAUGUGUGUUGCUAAUAAGACUAAUUUCGUCACGCAGAUCACCAACACUAUAAGAAACAACAACAUGAAUACGCUCUCAUAUUUCAUUUCACACACAUUGCCAUUUUAUCCUUGUUUUUUCGGAAUUUCCGCCCCUAAUUAGUGCGAUAAGGCAUUGUUGUU